AUGGACAAACGACAAAAAGAACUACUGGAGAUACCUGUACACCCUCCAGCCGUAUCAACUUGGUUGGGGAAUUUUAGGAAAAGUAUUCGUGACCUGCACAAGCCAAUGACACAGGAACGUGAACGGCAGACAGUGCGCAACCAACGAGCCCAACGGCCUGCUCGCUCUCCAAACUUUGAUGUGGGAGACUUUGUGCUGCGGUCGAGAGUAGACCAAAAGCACUACGAAAAGCUGUUAGUCACCUGGGUGGGACCUUACCAGGUAGUACGAGCAGACAAACACUAUUUCGCUGUUCUUCAUCUAUUGACAGGGGAGGAGGUGGAUGUUCACCCGUCCCGCUUGAAGUUCUACGCCGAUCACUCACUACAAGUUACCGAAGAGCUUCGGAACCACAUCGCCGCCCAAGGACUGAUGCUGUCGGUGGCCGAGCUCAAAGAAGCUCGGUGGAACAAAGCCAAAAAGGACUAUGAAGUCCUGGUGAGUUGGAAAGGACUUGAGUCGAUCGAAGGCUCCUGGGAAGUAUCAAAGCAGCUCAGUACGGACAUACCUGUUCUGCUAACACAAUUUGCGUCUCGAUCGAACGACAGACGGUUCGAGCGGCAUGUUGCUGCACAAAUCAAACCAAAGCCGAGGCCUACAGAUCGGUCACAACUGAAAGCAUAA